CGGGGGUUGGGGAAGAAGCUGGGCUGAGGGCAAGCGAGGCUGCUCUGCACAGAUCCCCUCCCUUCCCGGGAUGAGCUGCAUUUUCAUGCUCAGGCUGGCUGGCUGCAUUAUCUCGAAAUUUUCCUUCCCCUUCCCCCCAGCCUCAACUCUCCCCAACUCCAACCCUGACCCACAGCGUAGAGUCUGAUUUGGAGCAUGGAAGACAAAACCAUGUAAGGUCUGUGGAAAUCACAGCUGCUCAGACCCGCCUCCGGCUCUGGCCACCCCGCCCCCUUGCCCCAGCCUCCCUGUGUCCUUCCCACCCUUAGUCCCAGGCAUCUGACUACUGGGAACCUCAGCCAGAGUCCAGGAGCGCCCCCCGCCACCAUCAGAGCCCCCGUCUUGCUGGCCUGAGAAUACAUUGCUCUCCUUUGGUUGAAUCUGCUAUCCGUCUUCACUGGAAAAUGAACCAGAAGACCAUCCUGGUGCUCCUCGCUCUCGCUGUCAUCACCAUCUUUGCGUUGGUUUGUGUCCUGCUAGUGGGCAGGGGUGGAGAUGGGGGUGAACCCAGCCAGCUUCCCCACUGCCCCUCCAUAUUUCCCAGUGCCCAGCCUUGGCCACACCCUAGCCAGAGCCAGCUGUUUGCAGACCUGAGCCCAGAGGAGCUGACAGCUGUGAUGCGCUUUCUGACCCAGCGGCUGGGGCCAGGGCUGGUGGAUGCAGCCCAGGCCCGGCCCUCGGACAACUGUGUCUUCUCAGUGGAGCUGCAGCUGCCUCCCAAGGCGGCAGCCCUGGCCCACCUGGACAGGGGGAGCCCCCCACCUGCCCGGGAGGCACUGGCCAUCGUCCUCUUUGGUGGACAACCCCAGCCCAACGUGAGUGAGCUGGUGGUGGGGCCGCUGCCUCACCCCUCCUACAUGCGGGAUGUGACCGUGGAGCGUCAUGGAGGCCCCCUGCCCUAUCACCGCCGCCCCGUGCUAUUCCGAGAGUACCUGGACAUAGACCGGAUGAUCUUCGACAGAGAGCUGCCCCAGGCUUCUGGGCUUCUGCACCACUGUUGCUUCUACAAGCCCCGGGGACGGAACCUGGUGACAAUGACCACGGCUCCCCAUGGUCUACAGUCAGGGGACCGGGCCACCUGGUUUGGCCUCUACUACAACAUCUCAGGGGCUGGGAUCUUCCUCCACCAUGUGGGCUUGGAGCUGCUGGUGGACCAUAAGGCCCUGGACCCUGCCCGCUGGAGCAUCCGGAAGGUGUUCUAUCAAGGCCGCUACUAUGACAGCCUGGCCCAGCUGGAGGCCCAGUUUGAGGCCGGCCUGGUGAACGUGGUGCUGAUCCCAGACAAUGGCACAGGUGGGUCCUGGUCCCUGAAGUCCCCUGUGCCCCCGGGUCCGGCUCCCCCUCUGCAGUUCUAUCCCCAGGGUCCCCGCUUCAGUGUCCAGGAAAGUCGAGUGACCUCCUCACUGUGGACUUUCUCCUUUGGCCUCGGAGCAUACAGUGGCCCAAGGAUCUUUGACGUUCGCUUCCAGGGAGAACGACUAGCUUAUGAGAUCAGCCUCCAAGAGGCCUUGGUCAUCUAUGGUGGAAAUUCCCCAGCAGCAAUGGUGACCCGCUAUGUGGAUGGAAGCUUUGGCAUGGGCAAGUACUCCACGUCCCUUACCCGUGGGGUGGACUGCCCCUACCUGGCCACCUACGUGGACUGGCACUUCCUUUUGGAGUCCCAGACCCCCAGGACAAUACGCGAUGCCUUUUGUGUGUUUGAGCAAAACCAGGGCCUCCCCCUGCGGCGGCACCACUCAAAUCUCUACUCCUACUACUUUGGGGGCCUUGCGGAAACGGUGCUGGUCGUCAGAUCUGUGUCCACUAUGCUCAACUAUGACUAUGUGUGGGAUAUGGUCUUCCACCCCAGUGGGGCCAUAGAAUUCAGAUUCCAUACCACAGGCUACAUCAGCUCAGCAUUCCUCUUUGGUGCUACUGGGAAGUACGGGAACCAAGUUGCAGAGCACACCCUGGGCACAGUCCACACCCAUAGCGCCCACUUCAAAGUGGAUCUGGAUGUAGCAGGACUGGAGAACUGGGUCUGGGCCGAGGAUAUGGCCUUUGUCCCCAUGGAUGUGCCCUGGAGCCCUGAGCACCAGAUGCAGAGGCUGCAGGUGACCCAGAAGCUGCUGGAGACAGAGGAGCAGGCCACCUUCCUGGUGGGAGGCGCCAUCCCUCGCUACCUGUACCUGGCCAGCAACCACAGCAACAAGUGGGGUCACCGGGGCUACCGCAUCCAGGUGCACAGCUUUGCUGGAGAGCCGCUGCCACAGAACAGCUCCAUGGAGAGAGGCUUCAGCUGGGGGAGGUACCAGAUGGCGGUAACCCAGAGGAAGGAGGAGGAUCCCAGUAGCACCAGCAUCUACAAUUUGAAUGACCCUUGGACACCCACUGUGGACUUCACUGACUUCAUCAACAAUGAGACCAUUGCAGGGCAGGACUUGGUGGCCUGGGUGACAGCUGGUUGUCUGCACAUCCCACAUGCAGAGGACAUUCCUAACACAGUGACUGUGGGGAACGGCAUGGGCUUCUUCCUCCGACCCUACAACUUCUUUGACGAAGACCCCUCCUUCUACUCUGCCGACUCCAUCUACUUCCGAGAGGACCAGGAUGCUGGGGCCUGUGAGGUCAACCCCCUGGCUUGCCUGCCCCAGGCUGCUGCCUGUGCCCCUGACCUCCCUGCCUUCUCCCAUGGGGGCUUCUCUCACAACUAGGCAGUCCCUGGGAUGGGGCACGUGGCCAAGGGCUCCAGGGCCAGGGCAUGAGGGAUGGGGAGCAGCUGGGCACUGGGCCGGCAGCCUGGUUUCCUCUCCCCUGCACGAGGACUUUCUUCUACUGCCCUCCCUCGCAUCCCCCUCUAUGCCAGGAGCCUCCUAAGCCUGUGAUGGCUGCCACAGGGGACACUCAGCCCUGUGGAUGCCAGCUGUGCUGAGUUCCCAUCCAGAGAGUCGAAGCAUGGCCCAGCCUGGAGCCUGGAGCCUGGAGCCUUGGCCAAGCAUUUCCCUAGACCACUCCUGGUUUUCUUAACAGUUUUUUUUUUUUUUUUCCCCAAUGACACAUAAUUUACAUACCAUAAAAUUCAUCCCUUUAAAGCA